AACCGAAUAGACGAGCCACCUUUUUCUUCGUCACUCACACACUCUCUCUCUCCUCUGCAUGUGAUGUGCCAAGUUCCUGUUUGUUCGUUUACAUUCAUACCUUCCGUACUUUGAUUUUGAUUAUUAUUGAUUAUGGAGCUAAAUCAAAUACCGAACACUCUCUCAUUUCAAAGCACUGAUUUUGUUUAGUCUUCAUCAUUAAACAAAGAACCCCACCAGAAUCACAGUGUUUCUUCUCAUCAUCAAUCGCAACCACUACCUCCCUUCCCAUGGUCCUUCCUCUUCCCCCGUGGCUGUAACUCACUCCCUUUCUCCCGUUGUUUGUCUUCCCUGCAUUACCCAGAGACAGAGACAGAGACAGAGUAAUCUGAAAGGCUGUUGCGUUGGGCCUGUUAGUUUCUGGGUCAGAUCCAUUUCACCCAGGACAGCAUUUUCGAAGUUUGAGAGAGUCUCUAGAGAGAGAGAGAGAGAGAGAGAGAGAGGGGAAGAUGAGUGGGGGAGAAGGUGGAGAGACGUUAGAGUUCACCCCGACAUGGGUGGUGGCGGCGGUGUGCACGGUGAUUGUGGCCAUCUCCCUCGCCUUGGAGCGGCUGCUUCACUACGCCGGCAAGUUCCUCAAAUCCCAUAACCAGAAGCCCCUCUACGAGGCUCUCCAGAAGGUCAAAGAAGAGCUGAUGCUGUUGGGGUUCAUAUCCCUACUCCUCACUGUCUUCCAGAACGUUAUCUCCAAAUUCUGCGUCUCCAAGGACUUCAUGCACCACAUGCUCCCCUGCAGCCCCCAGGAGAAGCCCGAGACGACGACGAAUACUUCGCAUUUCCAGUCUUCCUUCUCGGUCUCUUCUUGGACCCCCGGCUCAUACCGGCGUCUUCUUGCCGAGAACACGACGACGGCUUCCGAGACCCUCACAUGUGCCCAAAAGGGUAAGGUGCCACUGUUGUCCACAGAAGCACUGCACCAUCUUCAUAUCUUUAUCUUCGUGCUGGCCAUUGUCCAUGUGACAUUCUGUGUUCUGACUGUUCUAUUUGGAGGGGCAAGGAUACGCCAAUGGAAACGCUGGGAAGAUUCCAUUACAAAAGAGAAUUAUGAUACCGAACAAGUUUUGAAACCAAAGUUCACGCAUGUUCAUCAACAUGCUUUUAUUAAGGAUCAUUUUCUGGGCAUUGGGAAAAAUUCUGCUCUUCUGAGAUGGCUGCAUUCAUUCUUCAAACAAUUCUACGCUCCUGUUACUAAAGCCGAUUAUGCCACAUUGCGACUGGGCUUCAUCAUGACACAUUGCAGGAGCAACCCAAAGUUCAAUUUUCACAAGUACAUGAUACGUGCUCUUGAAGAUGACUUCAAGCAAGUUGUGGGCAUCAGUUGGUACCUCUGGGUAUUCGUUGUCAUUUUUCUGUUGCUGAAUGUCAACGGUUGGCACACUUACUUUUGGAUAGCUUUUAUCCCUUUCAUCCUUCUGCUUGCUGUGGGCACAAAGCUUGAGCAUGUGAUCACCCAAUUAGCACAUGAAGUUGCAGAGAAGCACACAGCCAUAGAAGGAGAGCUCGUAAUUCAACCCUCAGACGAGCACUUUUGGUUUGGAAAACCCCGAUUCGUCCUCUUUCUGAUCCAUUUCAUCCUUUUCCAAAAUGCUUUUGAGAUUGCAUUCUUCUUCUGGAUAUGGGUUCAGUACGGCUUUGACUCCUGCAUAAUGGGUCAGGUCCAAUAUAUUGUCCCGAGGCUUAUUAUAGGGGUGUUCAUUCAGGUACUCUGCAGUUACAGCACCUUACCUUUCUACGCCAUCGUAACGCAGAUGGGAACCUCCUUUAAAAAAGCGAUUUUUGACGAUCACGUGCAAGCGGGAAUCAUGGGCUGGGCUGAGAAGGUGAAGAGAAAGAAGGUAUUGAAACCGGGGGGAGAUGGGUCCUCCCAAGCGAGUUCACAUGGUACCGAUGGUUCCACAGUCGGGAUUCAGCUUGGAAGGCUAGCAAAGAAGGCAUCCGCACCUGAGGAAAUCCAAGCUGCAAAACCCUCUGCCGAUGGGCCCAAGUGAAGGAGGCUAGUGUAUCUUCAUUCUCGGUUUCUCUCUUAUCUAAUCGAGAAGACCGUUUUGUAGAUUAUAAAAUUAUAUGAUGAUGCCGGUAAUCACAUGUAGGAUGUUGAAAUAGUUGUCCUACUGAUGCAAACCUUGCUUUACCUCUGUUGUCUCAGUGGCGGCUGAAAUGAGAGUGAGAUGUUCUGUUUGAUAGACAUGGGUGUUAAUGUGAGGCCUAAUUCUUUAUUAAUGCGAAAGCUCUGCUUUGGAAAUGAAA